AAUUUGGAUAGAAAUCAAACUUCCGGCAUAUGAUUUUUUGCUGCAGUCAACUAUUAUGCUCUUUAUUUCCUUAAUUUAUUACAAGAAGCGCAAGUUUUUACAAUUUUGUUAAAGUUUAGUUUACAUUAAGUAUUAUGGCUUUUAAUUUUGGUGGUGGCACAGCGCCAAAAACAUCCCUUUUCGGUACACCAACUACCUCGACGACUACAGGCUUUGGAAGUUUUGGCACUGCGACGGGUUUUGGUACAGGGACUAGUGGUGGUCUAGGAUCAUUUGGAACUGGAACUACUCCAAGUUCAAUUGGUGGAUUUGGAGCUGCCACUACAACAUCGUCAGGCAUAUUUAGUGGAUUUGGGACCUCAACUUCACAAUCACCUUUUUCAUUUAGUACUCCUGCAACAUCAACGGCUACAGGUUCAGGUGUGUUUUUUGGAGAUUGCAAUUCUGUUAAAUAUUAGGCAUUGUCUACACGUCCGGCGCGCAGGACAUAUAUCUCCCGCACUAUUUGUCCGGCGAUCAAGUCACAUGACCGCUGUAACAAAGUGGCGAGAGAUAUCUUGUCGGUCAGCCUUGUCACGUGAAUGCGAAUGAUUCAAAACUUUGUUAAUUUUAAAAUCUAUUUCUCUACCAAGUAAUGUACUGAGUAUCUUGAAUGCAAAUAAUAGAAAAAAACUUAAGUGAAAGUGGCUUGUAAACAUUUUUGUUUAAGUUUGUUAUUUGAGUUCGUGUACCAGUAAUCGAAUAAAAUAAAUUAGGGGCCAGUGGAGUAGACCACCAAUAAAAGUAAAAGAUUUCAUUUUAAAUUGUUUCAAUUGCUACAAGAUAUUUUAAAACUUCUCAUGAAACUACUAUUGCUGAUGAACAUGAUACUAUAAAUAUAGUAUAAAAUAUUUUAAAUUAAAAUGGGAAAAAAAAUAAUCCUAUACCAGGUAUUGAUCCUCAAAUAAUAAUAACGUCAAGCGACCACUCUACCACAAGACCACACAAUAUCUGCCUAAUUGCACUUCGUUCAGAAUAAUAACAACUACUAGCCGUCCGGCGGUCACGUGACAUGCCGCCGGACGUAUAUCUCGCGCACUAUUUGUCCGGCGCGCUGGACGUGUAGACACUUCGUAAAUAUUAUUAACCAUUCAUUUACUUAAAUUUAUUAAAAUUUACUUGUUUAUUAAAAAUAUGGGCCUUGUCCUUUGUUUUAGUAUUGUCUUUCAAGCAUAAAUACAGACAGCUGGCAUUAUUCUUUUAUAUAACAAUUCUAUUUUUUUUAAUUUUUAAACUACGAUCACUGAGAGAAAGAUGUACAGAGGUAAAUUUGGAUUGUUCGCCAUGUCACGGCAUGUACAUUUUAUGCAUAAGAUUAAUAUAAUUAUUUUUAUAAGAUUAAAUUCCUUUAUUUAUCAAAAUAAAUGGAAAUGUACUUUGAUUACAUUGUACAUGUUCAUUUUUAGCACAUGGAUAAAUAUUCUAAGCAAGACAAAAAUUUUAAACUAGCACAGUUUAAACACAAGACAUCUAAGGAAUUUCUCAAGCGCAAAAUUUAGCCCUCCUGAAUCAUCAUAAUAAUAAUAAUUAUAAAGUUUAUUUCAAAAACACGCUUCAUCCCCAAAGGCUCGAAGCGCGGUACAAAGUAAAAAAAAAACCAAAAAAAACAUACUAUAAUGUACCACAUUUAAAACUGUAAAUUUCACUCUCUUAGUGACAUAAUAGACUUAAAGAGUGAUUGUUUGAUUUUGUUACAGUCGGGGGAACAAAAGAAUGUUUAUAUCUUUCUGUCCUAACUUUGAGGUAAAGAAUUUGCCCUGACGCGCCCUGUUUGAGCUGAUCUAAUAAAUCUGGAUGAAAAGAGUGGGAUGUAUGAGCCAAAUUUUUUGUAGUUUUACGAAUGCAUCAUAUUACUGGCUUUCUUGACAAGUCUAUUUAAUCAGUGUUUGAAGAGAAACAAUGAAUUCCCACAAAUACAGGUAAUACUGAAGUUAAAUAGGCUUCCAGUAGUCAGUAGUGGUAUUGUAGAGCACUUCUUUAAUUUGUGCAUCUGCAAUCUUGUGAUGUCAACCACAAGAUAGCAGACACGCAAAUAAAAGUAGUAUUUUGCAACUUUUAAAUAAAAAAAAUAUUACAAUGACGUCAUCAAAUAUAAAAAUAGCUCACUCAAGCACCAAAGGGAUCUCCUUACCAUUCAUUACAAACAGACCCUACCCUAAAUUCUGUGAAACAAGAUACCCCCAUUACAUGAAACACUCGGGUAAGCACUUACUCAGUGCCUGCCAUUUAACAGGGUUGUUAAUGCUGGAGACAUCUUUUUUCACUAUUUUAUAUUUGUUUUUUCUUGUUCAUUUUGAAGAGCUCUGCAUUUCCUCCUUACCAUUCAUUAUAAACAGACACUACCCUAUAUCAGUGAAACAAGAUACCCCCAUUACAUGAAACACUCGGGUAAGCACUUACUCAGUGCCUGCCAUUUAACAGGGUUGUUGAUGCUGGAGAUAUCUUUUUUCACUAUUUUAUAUUUGUUUUUUCUUGUUCAUUUUGAAGAGCUCUGCAUUUCAUAUACCAUGGUUCAGUCCUCCAUUCCGGAUUUUAAAAAAAAACAUCAAAAUUCCCUUUCUAGCUUUGUUAUUAGUUUUUCGGGUAUAAAUUUUUCAACCAUGAGCUUGUUUAUCCAUUUUUUAAAUUUAUUAUGAAUUACACCUCAUUAUGUUGUAACCCAUUUCUGUUCUUUUUUUCCAAUGAUUGAUAAUCAAUAACAUAAUUGAUUUAAUUUCUUAUAGGCUUUGGAACAUUUGGGGCUGCAACUGGUGGUUUUGGAAGUGGUCUUGGAUCAACAGGAACAAGUGGAUUCGGGGGUUUUGGGAGUGGAUCUGGCUUCGGAGCUACUGGAACAGGUACAUCAACUUUUGGAAGCGCUGGACAACCAGCAUUUGGGACAUCGACACCGUCUCUUUUUGGUACAUCUGGAGCUUCAACAUUUGGUACGGCUGCACCUACAGGAUUUGGCACCACAGGCCAGUCGGGUUUUGGUACUUCAGGCCAAUCGGCUUUUGGUACUGCAGGCCAAUCGACUUUUGGCACUGCAGGCCAAUCAGCUUUUGGCAUAGGACAAUCUACAUUUGGAAGUACUGGCACAAAUACCUUUGGUUCAGCUGGAUCAACAUUUGGUGCCACUGGUACCUCUACAUUUGGCAACACAGGAUUGUUUGGUACGACCUCUACUGGGCCAUUCGGAGGUAAAUAUUAACUUAAAUUCAUUCAGUUUUCCUUUGUCUGAAGCUGAACAGCAUUUUAUAAAAAUAUUUUUAUAUUUAAUUAAGUCUAUAAAAAAUAAAGACAUGGUGUUAGGUUUUUGAAAAUUCUUAUUCUCACACAUGUCCUUCCAUCUUAAAGCCCCACAACAAACUACCCAGCAGCAAGAAGAGGUAAACCUGGCUAAUGUUGCAAUGGCUAUAUCUUUGCCACAAAUUUUCGGAGAUGAAAGGGAUGCUAUUAUUGCCAAAUGGAAUCAGCUUCAGGCUUACUGGGGGACUGGGAAAGGUUACUAUUCACAAAAUGGUGUAGUUGACUUUAAGCCAGACAAUCAUUUUUGCAGGUUUAAGGUAAAAUUUCAUUUUUCUAUUUAAAGCAGUUAGUAACUGUUUUAACUGGGUUUUUUUUUUGUGGCUAUGCUUAUGAACAUUUAUGGGAUUUUUCUCUCUAUCAAUUUGCAGUAUUCCACGAGAUCCAUUUUUUAAGCAAAUAUGACCUUAGCCGAGCUUUUUCUGUCUUCUUAUUUAUUUAGAUAUAGCUUUUAUAAUUUUAAUCACCAGUAUAUUUAUUUACUGGCUACAUUUCAAAAUUAUACCAUCAGUAUUAUUUUCAUUGUCUCUCUUCAACUAUAAAGGCACUUGGCUAUCACCUAAUUCCCAAAGGCAGCAAUGAGAUAGGUCAGGUUGCACUGGUCUUGGCUAAGAAAGUGGAGGAGGUCACUGCAAUGCAGCAGCAAAUUGUAGACACAUUACAGAGGAUUCUUGGAAACAAACCUACAUUGAGUGUAUGCGUUGAAGGCAUAAGACCGCUACCAGAGGACAGGUACAGACUAGUGUCAAGUACUGGUAUAUAGAAUUCAAAUCAAACACAUGGCCAUUUAUAGAAAACAAGCAUUGGCAUUAAAGUGUUCUCAAUUGGUGGGGAUUGAGAGGAACUAUGUGAUAAUGAUGAUGCCUCUUAUGAGCAGUGUCUGUCCUAUCAGACAGUCUUAUGAGCAGUGUCUCACCUAUCAGACAGUCUUAUGAGCAGUGUCUCACCUAUCAGACAGUCUUAUGAGCAGUGUCUCACCUAUCAGUCUUAUGAGCAGUGUCUGACCUAUCAGUCUUAAAAGCAGUGUCUCACUGAUCAAACAAAUUAGGGGUAUCUCACCUAUCAGACACACAUGCACACAUUUGUACUCUCUCAGGCACUGGUGCACUUAGAUAAUAAUUCACACACAUCAAAAGCAUUAUUUUUUUCCAUCAAUAACACAAAAUAAUAACAAUUUUAACACAAAACAAAUAACACAAUAUAAUAACAAUGUUAACACAUUUCAAAUAACGCAUUAUAAUAAUAAUUCUAACAAAUUGCAAAUAACUCAUUAUUAUAAUAAUUUUAACAGAUUACAAAUAAUUAGAUACGGCAGAAAUGAAAAAAAAUAAACCUAGUCUUUUAAUUGGGGAUCAGGCCUCAGCACAGGAUAACCAUCGUGGCUAUUAACUCUCUGAAACAGUAUGGGACAGCCCACCAAUUUAUUAUUUUAUUUAGCCAAGGCCUCGACCCAACCCAAGACCUCCACCCAACCCAAGGUCUCCCUCCUAGUUUAUUUACCUUUGACACUGCUGAGAGCCCUUGAAAAUAUAUAUCUCUUUUGACAUUACUCUUUGCAUAUGUUUAGAUAGGAAGAAUGUGUGAACCAAAUAUUCUUAACAACUGUCAAAACAGAAAAGAAAUAUUAAAAACAAAUAAUGCAGGGCUCAGAAAUUUUCAUGAUGUUAAAGUCACAGUUCAUUUGAUUUUACUUCCUGCAAAGCCAAAAUUAGCUGUCAGUGUUUUAUUUCCUAUAACAAUUUUUUUUUUUUCUUGAAACUUUCAAUAAGUUCAAAAGCUAUACUAAUACUACCUCAUGAUUUUUAAUUUACAGAACAGAGAUAGUGAUCUACAUUUUAGACCGGCCUGCCUCUGGUCCGGCUAAGAGAAUCGGUGCAAAUGAAUUGUUCAACUUCCUGAAUCAGCCAACCCAGAAAAAUCAGAUCGCAUCACAGUUGAAUGUUGAGAGCAUGCUUCCUAAAGUGGGCUGGACUGAUGAGCAGCUAAAGGAAUAUCUGGACAAGCCUCCAGCUGGUAACAUUUGAACACAAAAUUAUUUUUCAGUAAGGAAAUGGGAGCAUGUCAUGAAAUCUAAUGAAUACGUCCGCCGUUUCGCCUGUCUUCUCUUCAGGUUAUUCCUUACUCUGUGUGUUAUAUUUCUUAUUGCUUCAACCUAAACGCACUCCUGGCCAUAAUACCCUGGUAAGGCUAUAGCUUUUUUUUUUUUUGGUAGACAUCAGGUUUUCAAUCCCAUGCCAAGUUAGCUGCUGUCUUCCUAAGAGGUUGAGGUGUUUUACUUAAGAUUUACUUACUCCCCAAGAACAGCAGCCUUACUCGAGUCCUCUCUGCCUCGCUGUUACCCAUAGCUGGGGAGGAAACCUGGCAACUUCAAACCUGCUACCUUUUGGUUGAGAGGCAGGCAAUCUUUCCGUUGCACCACAAGGCUAACUAUAUUUUAAAUCAAUUGUAUUCUUCUCUCCUCUCUCUCACUGGACUGGAUUUCUAAUUGUUGUAAAACAAAAACAAGAAGAGAUUGGUCAGAUCUCCACUCCCACUUUGAGCUUACCCAAUGGUGAAAUUAGCCUGCAGUGGUAAAUUGAGACCUAAUAGAACAAUACUAUUUUCAUCAGAGGCAUUCAAUUUUUUUUAAUGGCUAUCCUAUUUCUUAUACAUUGUUAACAAAUGACUCACAAAUGUAAACAGAGCAUGAUCUAGCAGAAUUGCAAGCUACACAUUAUUCCAAUCCAGGCAUUGAUCCCUUGCUGUGGCAGCAAGCCAAACUGGACAACCCUGAUCCUGAUAAAUACAUUCCAGUACCAAUGAUUGGAUUCAAGGAGUUGCAGAGGAGAUUAAAACACCAGGCUGAGCAAACAAAACUGUACCAACAAAGACUCGAUGUAAGUUUUAAGAUUCCUAAGGGUUCGCAUGAAUGUCUGUGCGCAAUUAUGGUCAGUGGGCUCAUAAUUAGCAGACUGGGCAAGGAUGAAAUCUCUUGCAGAAUAUUAGAGACUAGUAGAAAAACAUGCAGUCUGGUUAACCGGAUUCACUGAAGAAUUUCAUUUUUAAAGUGCUUGUCUUUGCAUGUUGAAUUAAACCUAAGCACGGGAUGCACACAGUGUCAGCCUUUUCUUUUAUGUUCAAACAUUUGUUUUGAAUGCAACUACAGUAGAGCAUCUGUUUUCCAAACUGAUUGUGACCGGGGUUGUAUAAAUUUUUAGGUUAACUGCACUAAAUAAGUUAGUGGAUGGGAAAAAAAAUAUUCUUAUCUCAGUUAUACACGUACAGUGCUUUAUUGACGCAUUUCUUAUACACGUAAGGUGCUUUAUUGAAGCAUUUCUUAAACUUUUUUUUUACCCCGAGGCCCACUUUAACAUUUCAUUUAGCUCCGUGGCCCCCUUCCAUCUUAUUACAAUUUUUUUUUUAAAACCUGCUCUUUUUUUAUGCUUUUUUAUACGUUUUUUUGGGGCCCACGAGAAAUAGAAGUGCAGCUGAGUCUGCCAUUCCAGGAUCGGCCUCAUAAGCCAUUUGAAAUUUGAUGAAGUAUCAAUAGCUACUCCAUCAUCCUGCAAAGACGGAAAUAAGUUGUUAUAUAAACUAGUUAUAGCCCGCUAAAUAAUGGGCAGAGACAAUGCGUGAACUUCCUAUCUACUAACGAUAUGUGACAAAACAUACAUUCAAGUAACACACUUAUAAGAAUCCCAAUUUGUGCCGAGACGCCACCACCCCUGAAUUAAUGUUCAAAUUACCCAUCCCCUUUUACACCUCUGAUUUAUUACACUAUGUUUAAAUUUAGACUAUUUCCGUAAAACCAAUGAAAAUAUUUUGCACCAAAAGCACUGUAUUUUUAUCAGGAAUUUUAUUUUGCACGCUAUUGAACUCACCAUUACACCAUACGUUCUUUCACGCCUAUAGAAUUAUAUGUACAGAUUGUAUUAAUACGUGUCAUAUCAAUGUUGCUUUAGAAAGUUUUGAUUUUGUGCAUCUAUUAAACAAGGUUAUUGCCUCUGACUUGUCUGACCUGCAAACCCAGCACAGCACCAUGCUCUCAAAAUUGGAAGAUUAUAAACGAAAAGAUCUGGAACUUGGCCAUAGGCUGCUUAAGGUACAGCUCAUACUUGUUUACCCUAAAGUCUUUUUAUUAACAUGGGUAAUGGGAUGACCUUAUUAAAGUGAAUAAUUCAUAUUAAAAUGUCUUUAGUUUUGUUUUGAAGAAAGCAAUUAUUUAAAGCUGAUCUGCUAAUCUUUUUUAUUUUGUCGGAAAUUUAAGUGACAAAAUGCUUUAAUGAAAAUUGUAAAGUUGAACGAAAUUUUCCAGGUUGUAGUGAAGCAAGAAAUUUAUCGUAAAAUGGGUUACGCCAUUCAAGUGGAAGAAGAGACACUGAAAGUUCAGCUUGAGCAAUUGCAAGUAGAGCUUAAUCAUCCUACACAGUUUAAGGUAUAAUAUUUUGAUAUUCUCACUACACCGCCAAUAAUUUUUCUUAACUAUGAUCCAUCGUUACCUGGUAACAUAAACAUAAGAACCAUUUGAUUGUAUAUUAUAUCAAAAUAAACUCAACUUAAAAAUCAACUAACCGUGUGUUUUAUUUACAGGGUCGUUUAAAUGAACUAAUGUCUCAGAUGAGGAUGCAGCUACAGAUGGCUUCAGGGCGAGGGGAUCCCACCUACCAGAUGGAUGAAGAUACACAAGCAGAAAUAAAAAUUGUGAGACUUAUGAUUUAUCAUUGUUUGAUUGUGUCAUGGUGGAGUAAUGCUGGUGUUUAAACUUGAUGUUUCAUGUCUCAGAUCCCAUGUACCAAACAGUAUGUAAAUCCAUAACAGUAUUGUCAAACGUGUAAUUAUGAAAAUUAACAGCUUGUUGUUUUUUUUGUUACCAACUCAGAUACUCAAACAACAACAAGAAGGUCUCCAGUACCUGAUUGAAAUCAUCAAAGAAGAUGCCACAGAUUUGCAGCUCAUUGAACAAGGCAUAUCCAAGACACCUGCUAGAUGA